AUGAAAUAUAAAGGUAACAACAAGUUAACAAUAGAUAGUGUACAGGAAAGAAAAAAUGAGGAGAUAGACAGGGAAUAUUAUAAUUGUAUAAAAAAUUGUGCAGCUGAUUUACAAGACUUGUCAAUGAAUUUUUUCCCAUCGAUAAAUACAUAUGCAUGCAUACCAAAGAUAAAUGCUAUGAACUCUGUAACAUUUCAUCCAUGUAUUUCUAGCAAAGACUACUAUAACAACACCUACUCCUUCAAGCCUUUAUUUACACAUCACUUCUUCAGUGAUUACGAACAGGUGAUCGGGUUCGACACCCUAAACAUCGACUUCUACUACACGUGCGAUAAUUAUGAAGUAUUUAUGAAGCUCAACGGUUCCAUAUGCGAUCAGUAUGAAAACUCGAAUUAUAUUAUGUUAAUGCUUUUACAAAAUCUGUAUAUCACUACUCCAUACCCAGGAGGUUUUAUCGAAACGGAAGAAGAAUUUUUAAGUAUACUUAGAAGGAAUGAAAGAAAGGAAAGAAAUGAAAUUAAGAAUAGUAAUAAAACAGAAGAUAUACAAGACGCUGAUGUUGUUCUUCAAAAUAAAGUUUACAAACCACCGGGACUUAUUAUAUAUGAAAAAAAAAUUAGUGAUGAUAUAUAUUUGCAGAUAAGAAAAUGCGGGUUUUCCUCUAUGUAUUUUAAAGUGGGAAAAGAAAACAGUAGUAGCGAGUUUAUUAGCCAGAUGAGGGGUAGGCAAAGUAACGAGAGUAAGUAUAGCAUGGCUAGCGCCGGAAGUAGUGGAAGUAAUGGAAGUAGUGGAAGUAGUGGAAGUAAUGGAAGUGGGGAAAUUGUGUAUCAAGCUAAAUCGAUUGAGUGCGUUCAUAACAGUAACAAUCUAAUAGAACAGGGAAAAAAAAAAAAAAAAAAAAAAGAAAACGACACAGUACUUUAUGAUAGUCAAAAUGGCUUUAUUUCAAUGGAAAAGGGUUCAUCCAAAAGUGCAAUUAAUAUCAAUGACAAAAUGGAUGAAUAUAAAAUAUAUGAUAGUGCAGGUGAAACCGAAGUGAAGGAUGCAAACAGCAGUGCCAACAACGCAUAUGGUAAAAACUCUUAUAAUACAUGUGACAACAAUACACCCAACAAAUAUGGUUACAAUACACCUAACAAAUAUGGUUAUAACACACCCAAUGCAUGUUGUAAUAAUGCUAACAAGUCUUUUGAAGAGAAGAAAAAAAGCAUUAACAGCAAUAAAAAGAGCGAUUUAAUUAUACAGGGUGGUGGUAAUUGGAACAGGGGAAAAAGAAAGAGCGAGAACUUAAAAGCAAAGGCGAUGGUAAAUGUGAACACACACAUGUCUACAAAUAUGAGCAGAAAUAUGACUGCCAAUGUGAUAGGCAACGAAUGUAAUAACCACAUAAGCAGUAGUAAUAGUAACAGUAGUAGCUGUGGUGAGGAUAAUUGCAGUGGAUCUUCUUCCAAUGAAGGCAUAGGAAGAAAACGUAUCGAUUCGAAAGGAUCUGGCUCCUAUGCUGAGUCUAAUGCCCGUAGUAAUGAUGAAUCCAUAACUAAUAAGGAUAGAAAAAGAAGAAAAAAGAAAAGAACAGAUGUGACAAAAAAAUAUAAAGAUAUUGAUGAAAAUAAUCCUUUUGUUGAAAGUAAAACAACUAGAAGAAAUUGCACAAAAUUUGUAACAGAGAAAGAUAUGUCUAAACUGUAUAGAGAAUAUUUACAUAUCUUGAAAGAGAAAAAGAAAAAGGAACGUUUAUCGAAAGAGAAGAGUACAGAAAGUAUUAUCGUCAAAGAUAAUUCAGAAAGACAAAGCAGUCAUCAGCAUAUACAUUUAGGUGGUAGUUGUUCCCCACAUAAAGAGAGCAGAAGUGGUCAUGUGGAGACGCAAGCACACAUAGGGGAAGAAGCAUUCAUGGAGGAAAAUGUACACAUGGGGAAAGAAGCACACAUAGGGAGAUCACAGCGGGAAGGAAAAGAAAUGGAAUACUACAGAUCGUAUAACAGAUAUGACUACACAAUUAAGGAAAACUUUGAAUUAUUGCAUCGAAAAGUAGAAUGGUUCUAUCAUUGGUUUAUCGAAAGUGCAUCAAAUAUAGAAUACGACUAUCGGUGGAGUGUUAUUUUGCCAUAUAUUGUUUUUAAGCAUGAUAGUGAAAAAAAAUUUACUCAUAAUAAUUUUAUAGAAAAACUGAAUGUCCAAUUAUUUAAAAACGGCACUUCUACUUUUAGUUUGUAUCGAAAUUUAAAAGGGGAAAAGCUUAUCUUUUGUAAUGAUAAAAAAAAAAAAAGCAUUGAGCAGGAAAUAAAAACUACUUGUAAGGAAAGUGAGAUAGGUAAAAAGAAAUUAGCAAAACGAUGUUUAUCCUCAAGUGCAGAGGAUAAGAAGGAGCACAAAAAGAAAAGGAGAAUUUUGAAAGGAGUGGGUGGUGCACAAGAAUCUGCAGUUUUAGGCGAUAUUGCAGAGGGGAGUGACGAUCAGAUAAACAGUAAUGUGCGCGAUAACAUGAGCAGUAAUGUGGGUAAUAAUGUCGGAGCGGAUGGUAGUAUAAAGAAGGAGGACAUAGAGCACAUAAAAAUGAAACAGUCAAAGAACAAACUAGGAGAAAAGAAUUAUAGCAAUGGUAAUAAUUGCAAGAAAUCUGAGUCCCUUUUUUUUGAUCAAGAUGAGUAUGUGCUUACAAGCGAAGUUGUGUUAAGAGCAAUUGACAAUAUUUUGAAUGAUAUAAAGAAUAAGGACGAAGAGGAAUACUAUUCCUUUCAUAAGGAUUUUGAUGUGGUUUAUCUGUACUCCGACUUAGUGAAGAACAUGGGUGAAGAAAUGUUAAGGGGGAGGGAAGCAGGAUAUCAAGUAGGAAAUGAAGCAGGAAUUGAAGCAAAAAAAGAAGCAGGAAUUGAAACAGGAAUUGAAGCAAGAAAUGAAGCAGGACUUGAAGCAGGAAUUGAAGCUGGAAUUGAAGCAGGAAUUGAAGCAAGAAAUGAAGCAGGAAUUGAAGCAAGAAAUGAAGCAGGAAUUGAAGCAAGAAAUGAAGCAGUACAUGGACAAAGAACUGGAGGAGCGGUUGAAACAGACAUUAUAGUGGCUAAGGAUGCAUCCAAGGAAGGAGCCAAUGUAGCGACUAGUGUAGCACUGUAUGAAUUAUCGGAUGAUGCAGCACAAAGGGGCAACAAAGACAAGGGAGAACUAUGUAAGAAAAAAGGAAAGGCAGCUGAUAUUGGAGAAUCAAAAGGACAUUCAUACUAUUUCUACCUGUUCGGUUUAGUAACAACAUAUACGUUUUUUACAUUUCAAUUUGACAGAAAUCGCAUAUCUCAAUUUUUAAUUUUUCCCCCAAUGCAAAGUAAAGGGUUAGGUAUGAAGGUAUUAGAAAAGAUAUAUCAUCUAUCUAUUGUAAAUGCAAAUAUACGUGAAAUAACGGUGGAAGACCCAGCUGUUUCUUUUACGCAACUGAGGGACAUUAUUACGAUAAAGAUGUGUAUCGAUUUAGGAAUUCUAAGUCCUACUAUUCUAUACCCGGAAGAAUAUUUAAAAGGAAAGAAUAUACAAAAGGAACAUGUAGAAUUAGACAAGAAAAAGUUUAUGAAAGUAUGUAAAGAAACACACAAACAAAUUACUAGAAUGAUAGAAACACUUUUACUAGCUAGUGUUUUACCACAUCCAGCUCCAUCCUAUGGAGAUAGUGAGGAUAAAAACUCCACUAUUAGAAAAAAAGAAAAGAAAAAUGAAAAUAAUGUACACUGUGUCAAUACCAUGGAACAUUUUGAAUUAUCCGAUAUAUGUAAAGACGUUCGCAUUAAGAUAAAGAAAAGGAUCAAGAAUGAUUACAUAGGCAAUCUGAUUAACAAAAACAUGAACUGUAUGGCGAGCGACGUGUUCCGCGAUUACGUGAAAGAAGAAUUAUAUAAACUGUGGAAGAAGCAGUGCAAGGUUUAUUAUAGGACUAUAAAAAAACUCAGGUCAUUAUACCCUCUGUAG